AUGGACGAAGCAGAUCGCUGUGCAAGUAGCGACGUCAAUAUGGCAUCAGCGACGAAGACUGGUUCGACACAAAGCUCUGAGGGAGCGCCCGAGUCAGACACCAACAUUUCUGCCACUUCUCCAAGCCCAUUUCAAACACUUCUGUUAGAUUACAAAGAAGAGAUUGAAGGGUGAGUAAAUCGCUUUAUUAUGUGCUCUGCGCUAGACUAACCUUUGACAGCCCUUACGAUUCUUCACAAGUUAAGCUUAUAGUUGGCCCUCAGGAAAAUCAGCACACACUAUACGCUCACAAGAAUGCCCUCUGUAGUGUCGCAUACUUUAAAGCAUGCCUUCGGGAAGAUGCUUUCAUCGAAGGUCAAACAAACACUAUCGUCUUGCCAGAAGAGGACCCAUUGGUAUUUCGAAGACUAUUAGAGUGGAUGUACACCAAGAGCUGCUUUCCUGUCUGGGAUUCCGAACACGAGAUAAGUCCCAGAUUGGCACCUCCACCAUAUAUCCAAAGACUUGCGCAUAAUGUGGAAAGUGAGCUGUACUUGGGAUCUUAUAAACAAUUUGGGGCGAUCGCAAAUGGUUCCAGUACCAGCACCGAUGAGACUUUUGCUCUCUUUCAAGUGAUCGUACUCACCAUGUGUGCUGCUGAACGUUAUUGCAUGCUUGAUUUGCAACAGCACUGCAUGUGGAAGUUGAAGAAAUUUCCAAUUGGAGCCAAGGAGGUGGCUGUACUUGCACAACACAUUCUGACCAACAUACCUCCAAGCCGGAAAGAAAUCUACGACCAACUUCAGGAUUUUAUCAACUGCCAUCUAACCAGAUUGUCUGACUGCCCAUUUGUCGAUGCUUUCCUUCAGAAUGAAGCCUCUGAGCCUGCCAGAGAGCUUUUCAAGAUGGUAAAUUUCGCAGGUACCUCAGGUGUUGCAAAAAAGAUUGAAGCUGUGCUUGACGGCAAACUCGAAGCACCCACUGCAGUUAAGGGGAUCGCUCUAUGUAUCAGAGAUGUUAAUGUUCAAGACCUAAUCAACAAAUAUGGAUCCGACUACCCAGAUCGAUUUGCGGUAAAAUUCGGGUCUGCCAAGGCUGGUGACAUAUUUAUCACUGACGGGGAAAAGGAUAAUCGCGGGAUAAUUCGUUGUUGGCAGGGGAUGAACUUUCUCGGCGAUAAUGGCAAACCACAAAAGCAAGCAUCAGUAGCGUACCCUGCGGCGUACCCUGCGGAAUACUUCAGACUUCUUCAUGGUGGUGAAUUUUCUUGA